UUUGUAAUUUGGCGUGUUUUUAAGACAGAAUCGGAAGUACCCUGAUAGGAGAGACCGCGCGCCGCCGCACGCCGCCGCGGCGAAUCCUCUGUGCUGCCUGUUUUUUGUCGCCGCCAACGGAAGUUGUUUUACUUCACGUUUGAUUCGUUUGUAGUGUAUUGCAAAUAACAAAAAGACGGAAGCACAAUGGUAUUAUCAAACAAGAAGCUAAAGCAAAAACUGAGAGCUGCUAAAGCUGAACUCUUAGCAGCAGGGGAAGCACAGAAGAAUACAAAACUCGGGAGUACUGAUACAAAAGAAUUGCAGUCAUUAAAGAUCCUUAUGAAUACAGAAGCUAAAAAGCCUGUGCUAUCGAAAAGAGAAAAACAAAGACAAAAGGCAGAGAAUAAUCCAGAGGUUGUUAAACAAAAACAAACUGCUGGUGGUCGUGUCGAGGAAAAGAAUAGAACUGAACUGAAGUCGGAUGGUGAGGUUAAAAGAAAAAAACGAAAGAGGGAUGAAAGUGAGGCCGUAGAAAAGGUGAAAGAGAUUAAUCCAGCCCAGGUAAAAAAGAAAAAGAAGAAAACUAAGAAUAAAAAGAAGCCUAAGAACAAUGUUGAAAGCAAGGAAGUCAAGGAGGUGCACAACCCGAAGGCCAGUCAAGCGAAUGGAGCUGCAGAAGCGUGUCCAAACACUGAAAGCAGAAAAGAAUUGGAGCCAUCCACAAAAGUGUAUGUUGGAGGCAUACCGUACUACUCGACUGAGGAUGAUAUUAGGAGUUAUUUUGAAAGUUGUGGUUCCAUUACAGAUGUUGAUUGUAUGGAGUUUCCAGACACUGGAAAGUUCAGAGGAAUUGCCAUUGUCUCUUUCAAGACUGAAGCUGCGGCUAAAAGAGCGUUAGCCCUUGAUGGUUCCGACAUGGGUGGCCUAUUUUUAAAGAUCCAGCCUUUCAAGUCAUCAUCUAGAGCAGCACCCAAAUCGUCGAAUUUUUUCCCUGCAGUUGUGGACGGCUACAACAGAAUCUACAUCGGAAAUCUAUCUUGGGAUGUAAGCGAGGCUGAUUUGAGGAAACUGUUCUCUGAUUGCACAAUUACUUCGAUUCGAUUUGGUGAAGACAAGGAAACAGGCGAAUUCAAGGGCUACGCCCAUAUCGAUUUUGCAGACAGUCUUUCGCUGAACAUGGCACUGAAGCUCGAUCAAACCAUUGUCUGCGGACGACCAGUGAGAAUAAGCUGUGCUGUGCCGCCCAAGAAAGGAACCAUUCCAAAAUCUAAACCCGCCCCGAAAGAGAACCACAGCCACAGUGAUAAGGUCAGUUCUACGACCAAAGAUGAAAAUAUCAGCGAUGCCAUGGUCAGUGCAGUUAGUAAAGUUCAAGAAAACAGCGGCACCAACUUGGCGCCUACAACGAUCAUCGAAGAUAAAGUAAAGAACAGCAGUGCUAAUGUGAUGCCAAAGAGUAAUGUGCAAGAAAGCCACGCCGAGACACCUGCUGUGAGCUCGAAAAUAAGGAGGCGCACGUGCUAUGAAUGCGGGGAAAAAGGUCACAUUUCGUCGUUGUGCCCGAAGAAACAGCCUGCUGAUACGACAAACACCAACACAGCAGCAUGAGGUAUGCUAUAAAUCACUUUGUAGUCUUUGUUACAAAGCAAGUCACGCUAUGUAGUUCAUUUGUAUUUUUGUCUUCAGGUUAAAUUUAUCAAAUGCUCUAAUAACAUUCAUUAUCAGAUAUGUCUUAAUUUUCUCCCAUCUAAA